AUGGAUUUGGAAGUAGUUGAUUGUCGGGAAUACCUGGAGGUCAUUCACUCGAAGGUGACUUUGUCCCAACUAAAGAUAAUGUCUAUGAAGUUUGACAUCCCUAAGAGAUAUAAGCUGUCCAUCCCGAUGGGGACGGAGGCCAUUUACGACCAUGGGCCUGGACGGCAUCCCCUCUAUCUGAACCAUUUGGAGUGCGGCUUAAGAUUACCCUUGCCUCCAUUCUUGAAGCAAUUAUUCGGGGAUUUGGGGGUUUUGCCAACACAAACAAAAUCGAAUGUCAUAGCCAUUACUGUGGCUUUCGUGGUUAUAUGCAGCUGGUUGGCCAUUAAACCUACAACGAAACUAUUCACCUAUUUUGUGGUCGUAAAGGCGAGCCAGAGGGAGCCCCAUUAUUACUUUCAGAUGUCAGGAUCAUUCAAGUUGAUCGUAGACCUCCCAGAUUCCCAUAAGGAAUGGAAGGAGAAGUUUGUAUGGGUGACCGGGGAUGAUUUAGAGAUGGGUUGUUCCGAUUGGCCCGAGAUUCGCAGGGAUGCACUUGUCAAGAGGGCACUAUCCAAAGAAGAGAAAGUCCAUCUUGAAUCGAUCAAGAAGUUCACUAUUUCUCGUUGCUUCGAGGUUUUGCUUGAUAGGUCCGUUCUACGAAUGACCACAGUGUCGGUCAUGCUGGUGACUAAUCCUAACACGGAUAGAGCCAUUGCCCUUAUUACUGGGUCAGUGGGAGUAACUGCAAUGCCCUCAGCUAGGUUCAUCGAUCCCCAGGAGGAAUCUUCUGCCAGGUCGACAAAACGCCUCCGCUCAGAUGUCCCUCCUUCCGAGGUCAUGUUGGUCUCCGAGGAGUGGGAGUCCUCUCUUACUCAUAGAAGGAGAAGAAAGGAGGCCGAAGGGGUAUCUCAACCGACAAAUGAAGGGAUGCAGAAGGCUAUCGUCCCUCUGAGUGUCGACUCAACGGGGAAGGAGCCGGCUCAGGAAAAGGCAGGAUCACCGGGUGCCGAUAGGAAGGACCCUUUUCCACAUGGCUUUUCCGACGUGGAUGAGACAGAAUGUGACCAGCUGAGGUCCUGCAUUAUUGAGCGUCCUUCAUCUGCUGCCAAGUAUGCAAAGGAGCCCCAGCCAGAGUUCUGCUUUGAAGCUGAACACCAUCUUGAUGCUAGGGGGUCCAUCAUUGGGUCUUGCCGAAUCCAGGAGCUUCUUGAGGAGGUUGAUCUAUUAAGGGCCAACGAUGAAGUCCUUCGACAACAGCUCUCCGAAGGUUCCACUUCCGAUGUUUCUCAAGUUGCCAAGCUUAGACGGGAGCUAAAUGAGACACUUCAGGAGAGGGAUCAUGCUGAUGUCUUAGCCCGGGCAGAGAAGGUGGUGACGGCUCAUGCGAAGCAUCAGUUAGACGCGACGGAGGUGACCAUUGCCAAACUUCAAGAAGAGAUCACGCGUCUAAAGUCUAAACCCCUCCAGGAGGUUAUUGACGAGUACCGUCAGGAGAUUCUUGAUAGCUGUCAUCAGGACAUUGUUGACGAAUAUCGGGGGAGGUUAGCUAGUCAAACCGAAGUGGCACUAGCUUGCAAAGCUGGAUGUGAUUAUAUGUCGGCUCAGAUUCUGACCGAGAUGAAGAAUAGCUUCAAUCGCCUUCAUUAUCCUCCCAUGGUCACCAACUAUUUGCACGAGUUGGAAGAGUUGGAGGUUCGUUUGUCGACGAGCCGAACUAAAUGGUGCGAUGCUGCGCCGCGGAGCAAUGAAGAGUUGGAUGAUGACGAUGAGGAGAUUGUGGGAGGAGCUCUCGGAUUGGGGAAAAGAGUUCUUCUUGUCUAUGAAUUGAUGUGCAAUGGUAGUCUUCAAGAUGCGCUGCUUGGCCGAAAGUCACCGGAGCUUCUUGAUUGGGGACGGAGGUUCUCGAUUGCGGCGGAUAUUGCAAAGGGGCUGCAGUUUUUGCAUGAGGUCUGCGAUCCUUCGGUGAUUCAUGGAGAUAUUAAGCCUAGUAACAUUCUGCUCGAUUCACAGUUCGUAGCAAAGAUUGCGGAUUUUGGGCUUGCACGCCUUAAAGCUACUGCUGCUGGUGGUGCUGAUGAAGUCCGCUACUGCAGUUGGAGGAGGAGAGGAGGAGGUCGAGGAAGGAGGAGGUUUGUGAUUGUUGGGGUCGAUCCUAAAUCGCCGAAAGACCGGAAAAAAGAGCAGAUUGAGGAUGAUGCAUCUGUCAUGGGCGAGACUGUGGCAGAGAGUGCCACAACAGCUGGCUUUGAUGGGGACGAGAUGGCAUCAUCUCCUUCACCGAUCAUGGCAUUGGAAGUUGCAUCGACUUCAGAGGUCGGAGGAUUUGAUAGAAUGAGCGUUGAUGGCGAGAAGGAGAUUGGGGCUUCGAGCAGUCGAAGGGGGUUCUGGAAGAAGAGUGGGUAUACGGGUAGAGACUGGUGGUGGCGGCAGGACAGUAAUGUAGGAGGCAAUGGGGAUUCGAGGGGUGGGGUAAAGGAUUAUGUUAUGGAAUGGAUUCGCUCGGAGAUCAAGAAAGAACGGCCGAAGAGCGAUUGGAUCACUGGACCCUCGACUGUUUCAUCCGAGGACUGCUUGCCGAAGACUUUGGGGAAGUCAGAGCGUAGGAAACAUCAGCGGAGAUUGGAGUGGUGGGCUUCAUUGGAUGAAGAGAGGGAGAAGAAGGAGAAGAAGAGCAGGCCAGCAAAGGAGUGGUGGCGAGAGGAGUACUGUGAAGAGCUCACCAAGAAACAGCAGAGGAAGAGGAUGCUUAAGUGCAAAAGCAGUAUUGAAGGAGGAGAGCACCCGCGUUGGUGGCAGGAGGAUGAUGAGGAUUGUGGAUUGCCAUCAGAGAGAAAGAAGAGGAGGAAGAAGAAGAAUUGGAGCAGAGGCAGUCAAGAGUGGUGGAUGGAUGGCCUCAGUGGCGAGAUGAAGAGGACGAUGGCAGGGAGGAGGAGAAGCCAGGAUUGGGCUGCUGGCACUGAAAUCCCCAAGAGUGGUCGCACAAUCAGCAGUACCCCAAGCAUGAGGGGUACUGUUUGCUAUGUAGCACCAGAAUAUGGUGGUGGAGGUCCUUUAUCUGAGAAAUGCGAUAUUUAUAGCUUUGGUGUUCUGCUUCUGGUUCUCAUCUCUGGGCGACGCCCACUCCAAGUGACAGCUUCACCUAUGUCGGAGUUUGAGCGUGCGAAUCUCAUUUCAUGGGCAAGGCAUCUUGCUCAUUUGGGAAGGCUUUUGGACCUUGUCGACCCGAGUAUUAAGGGGAUUGACAAAGAGCAGGCUCUCCUUUGCAUUACAGUUGCUCUUCUUUGCAUCCAAAGGUCUCCAGCUCGCCGUCCAUCCAUUAAGGAGAUCGUUGGGAUGCUCACUGGUCAGUCUGAUCCUCCUCAUCUUCCAAUUGAGUUCUCCCCUUCACCUCCCGGUGGGUUCUCAUUCAAGUCAAGGAAGAAGGCGCGGUGAGUUGGGGUAUUUUCACUGAGCAGCGGUAGGGAGAGUAGUUGUUCACUCUUUUGUUGUACAUUUGUUUUAUUUUUCCAUUCUUGUUGAGGCUAAUUGAUGAGUGAAAACUGAGAAUUGAUUUACCAUCUAAUACAAGGCCUUUUAAGUUA